AUGUCUGUGGUGUCGCUGUUGGGCGUCAAGAUCUUGAACAACCCUGCGCCAUUUACCGCUCCAUAUGAAUUCGAGAUCACGUUUGAGUGUCUCGAGCAACUUCGAGAAGAUCUAGAAUGGAAACUCACAUAUGUCGGCUCUGCAACAUCGGCCGAACAUGAUCAAGAACUCGACUCACUUCUCGUUGGACCAAUUCCUAUCGGCGUGAACAAGUUCAUUUUUGAAGCCGAUCCGCCAAACCUCACACGACUACCGUCCUCAGAAAUCAUCGGUGUUACAGUCAUCCUUCUUACUUGCUCUUACGAUGGCCGGGAAUUUGUUCGUGUUGGUUACUACGUCAACAACGAGUACGACAGUGAAGAGUUGAACAAUGACCCGCCCGCGAAGCCCAUCAUUGAGCGUGUAAGACGGAACAUUUUAGCUGAGAAGCCCAGAGUCACGCGAUUUGCGAUCAAAUGGGAUUCUGAAGAAUCAGCGCCUGCUGAAUACCCACCGGAUCAGCCCGAAGCUGAUACGCUCGACGACGAUGGUACAGCAUACGGCGCAGAAGAGGCAGAGAUGCAAGCCGCGCUAGAGAAAGAGCUCGAGGAGACUGAAAUCGCGGCACAAGCCAAGCCAAAAGAAGGCGACCAGGAGAUGGCUGAGAAUAAGGAAAAGGAGGAAGAUGAGGAGAGUGAAGCGGGCAGCGAGGAUCUCGAAGAAGAGAGUAGCGAAUCUGAGGACGAAGAAGAAGACGAGGAAGGCCCCGAAGUCGAAGACACUGAGAUGGCUGAUGGGGAGGACAAGGCACCUGCUGCUACUGAGACAAAUGGUGAACAGAAAACGGCCGACUCUCAGCCUGAAGUUAUGGUUCAUUAG